CAGUUUCCUCACAAUCCAGGUGCAUAGUCAUACUCAUUAGAGCUGUGACACGUGCGGACACACGCAGUGAUGUCACUUACCGGAUGGACCCGCAGCUGCAGUUGUUUCACGUCAAAACAAUCCGGAAGAUGGUACGGCGUGACUGUGGUUGGAGCCGAAUAACAACAUCUCUGUUUGUCUUUCUGGCGGCGGUGGAACUUCAACAUGUUGCAGUAGCAGACACACGGAGCGACUCAGGCGAAGGUCGUCCACAGUUAGUUGAGUCUGAAGCUGCAGCCAAGCCUCAGGUUUCGGACUCAAAGCCCAUGUUCAUACAUCGUAGCCGAGUUCGCUCAUCGCAGGCUGCUUCAGAGUCACCAUGGGCAAUGGAAUGAAUAAGGUUGUCGAUGGGCUCUACCUUGGGAAUAUAAGAGAUGCGGAGAGCAGAGAAAGCCUUUCUAAGAAUGGCAUCACCCACAUCCUGUCUGUGUACAACAACGCUAAACCUGUGUUUGAGGACAUGACGUAUCUUUGUAUUCAUGCAGCUGAUGCUUCCAGCCAGAACCUAUUACAGCAUUUUAAAGAGUGCAUCAGCUUCAUCCAUGAAUGUCGCCUGAAUGGUGGAUCUUGUCUCGUUCACUGCCUCGCAGGUGUGUCCCGCAGCACCACUAUGGUGGUGGCCUACCUGAUGACCGUCACCCACUACAACCGGGAUGAGUGUCUGUCUGCUGUCAAGGCUGUUCGCGCCUUUGUCGGCCCAAACGACGGCUUCCAGCGGCAGCUGCUGGAGUACCAGACGACACAAGUGUCAGAGUACCGGACAUGGUUACGGUCCAGUUUCCGUCCCAGUCCAUUCAAUGACCGGGAGCAGGUGGGCGCCCUGCUGAGCCAGUACACGGAGCAGCACGAGAGCCAGAGGAGAGGAGCGGACCGACGCCGGGCCAAUCGGGAUGGACGCGUCUCUGCUCUGCCGGCAGACUCUGCUUAUCCCAAAGGCAGCAGCUGAAACCUGGCCUGCUGGUCAUGGUGACGUCCUGCUCAUGGCUGCCUGUAAAUGGCAGUUUAUCACACUGUACUCUAUUCCAAAUCAACUCCCAGUUGUAACCAACUUUAAGGCCUUUGUACAACUCUGAAAGCAUAAUAUUAAAUAUAUUUAUACUUUAAUUACAGCUGUCGAAUCAUUUUAAUCUAUGGAGGUUGCUUUAGAAGUGAGCUCCAGACUCUUAUCCACUACCAAUAUAUUCCUUGCUGUCUUAACUGAGUACAGCCACAACCGGGGUAUAGGUAUCUCAGACGCCUUACUCUAAAAACAUCAACUACACUCCCAUGUGGACUCUCUACUCUUGUAUUUUACAGCUUGGUAGCCUUAAUUAAGUGACUGAUUAUGCUGCCUUAAAAUAGUAUUUAGUCUCUAAUGAUGUAUAGUCUGUGCUGGUGGAAAAUGAAAUGCCCAUAAAUGUAUAACCGAUAUAAUGGCAACUAUUUCUAGCAGUUAUUCUGAGUCAUGUACCAGUUUGUCUCCUGUCCCGGAUCUUAAUGGUUACACUCUUUGAUCAACACUGGAGCUGCAGAAAGCAGAAGUAAAUAGUUAAAAAGUAAUACAUAUCAGAUUGAAUUGGGAAGCUACAUCAAGUGGUGUUGACUUAAACUACAAAUGAAGAAUCUUCCCAAUCAGUCCCAAUGUGAAAGUCUUCCUGAUUUUACUGAAGCUCUGAUUUAUGUAUUUAUUGUGACAGAACUGAUUUAUAUGUGAUGUGUAUUGUAGAUCGAUGGCUUUAGCUAAUUCUUUUAAAUGUGUAUUUAAGGUGUUUUUUGUUUGUGUUUUAUAACGAAAUGAACAACUAUGGAAAUUAUAAUAAAUCUGUACUAUCAACACUA